UUGUGAAGGAAGAUGCAUACGAUCUUUUCAUCCAACUAUAGAAUCUGGUGCUGGCUCUUCUUGUGAAUCUCUGGGUUAUAGCAGCGCACAAGUUCAUGCCAUACAGAUUUUUAUGUGCAAAAAUUGCCAAAAUCAAAAGCAUCAAUGCUUUGUUUGUGGUAGGCUGGGCAAUUCAGAUAAAUCUCCUGGUACUGAGGUGUUCCCUUGCAUCUCGGCGACAUGCGGGCAUUUCUAUCAUCCACAAUGUGUUUCAGAGCCGAUUUUCCCCAGAGAAAAGAAUAAAGCUCAAGAACUCCAGAAGCAAAUCCAAGCUGGGGAGGCAUUUACUUGCCCAGCCCAUGUAUGUUGUAUCUGCAGGCAAGGAGAAGUUAAAAAUAUUAUGGACAUGCAAUUUGUAGUCUGCAGACGCUGCCCAAAGGCAUACCACCGCAAAUGCUUACCAAG